GACGGUGUGUACCUAUCUCGCUCGUCGCCGUCGUUGGGGUCGCGAGACCGCGGCGGCGGCGGGCGGCGAGGGGCCGCCGGCGCCGAGGCAUCCGCGACCGCGAGGCGGGGGAUGGCGCGCGGCGACGACGGCGAGCGGCUGCCUGUCGCUGUUGGCGUGCUUCCAUGGCAGCAGCAGCAGCAACAACAACCUACGGUUUCUGUUUCUCCCCCAAAUUCCAAGAAGUCAAACAUAACUUUAGUUGUACAUGAUGAUGUGUUUCGUUCUGGUGGACUACAAUAUGUUCAACCAAAAAGAAAGGAAAUUUGUCUCCACCACAAGUCUUACAUGUCGUCAAGAGAGUGGCGAAGAGUCUUAAAAGCAUCCCAAGAUCAUCUGCAAAUUCCCCCAUGGCUAGCUUGGUUGACCCGGCAAGGUUGCAGAAAUUGUUUUCUUUUCCUUCUUUUAAUGAAUGGGAGAACUUCUGCUCUGGUCGAUAUUGGUUAUCCACAUUUCCAUUCCUCUCAGAGGAUGUAUACUAUAUAAUAUUGGGUACCUUCUUGUUUCCCAUCUUAUGGGUUCAACAAAAGAAACUAUAAUAGCUAGCAUGCAGCUGGUUUUGCUAUCGAUCAUAGCAUCCACUGUCAUGUUGGUGGCAUCUGGAGCACCUCCUCCCACUGCUGCUAGUCUUGCUCCCUGCCCCAAAACAUGUGGAGAAGUGAACAUCUGGUAUCCUUAUGGUAUCGGGCCUGGUUGCUUUCGGCAGGGCUUUGAGCUUACUUGCGACACCACCAGCAAACCUUUGAAGCUCUUCUUGGGAAACACUAUGACUCAGGUGAUUAGCCUCUAUCCUUCAGGAACUGUCCUUGCCUCUAUCAUGUACACUAUCCCCAUGAUUCAUGGAGUUGACACCUACAACUUGUCAUGGGACUCUCCUGGGAGGAAUCUCAACGUUGAGACCUACAAUUACUUGGCGUUCCUCGGUUGUGGGAUCGGGGUUUACCUGUUCCAUCCAGAUACUGGUAACCUUGUGGGUCAUUGCACGAUCAAGUGUGCCUCCAUGGAGGAAAUGCACAUGGCAACCGAAGGAGGGAUUUGCAAUGGCAUGGGUUGCUGCACUGUCACAUUCCCGGUGUUAUUUCGAGGUUUUAGAGUGACCAUUGUUAAGAGUAACGAGACAAUACCGCAGCCCUUCAACAAUAUCACCAUCAAGGCUUUCUUAACCUUCCGUCCUUACAUUUUUAGCAUUGCGGAUCUCCUGUCCAAUAAGAUAAAUGCAAGCACCAUUGGUGCUUCCAUGGCAUACCUCUCGACUGUCAUCGCAGAUGAACCAAAUUGUCCAACAGCUCGGUUGGAUAAUAAGACACAAUUUGCCUGUGGCAGUAACAAUUGCAUAGAUGUGGCAAAUGGAGGUUAUUCUUGUGCUUGCCCAGGAAAUUCUGAUGAUGGCAAUCCCUACCUUCUUGAUGAUUGCAAACAAGAGUUUAACCCUACCCCGAAAAAGAAUUGUUCUAGAUCAUGUGGUAGCACAAAUAUUCCUUUCCCGUUUGGGCUUGAGCCAGGCUGUUUUGCUAAGAGGAGAUUUCAACUGAGUUGUGCAUCAAAUCGCACUCUUAUUGGAAGACCACCUGCAAAAUAUGAAGUGACAAAUAUAUCAUUAGAUGAAGGACUCCUUUAUGUUAACAAGCUUUCAGAAUUUGAAGAUGCCAACACAAAGUAUUUAUCAGUAUACUAUGGUGGUUCUGGAUAUUUUGGCCAACAAUUAAUUUAUGGUUUGGAAAAGUCUGAUUUAUCUGAAGAGUAUGGUGUUUGGAAGUGGUCUGUGACCAAUUUGACGUGUGAAGAUGCAAAAAGCAAAAGUGCAUAUGCAUGUGUUAGCACAAACAGCGAGUGUCUUGAUGUUACACAUGGGAAGCUAUAUAUUGGUUAUCGUUGCAAGUGCUCUCUUGGAUUUGAAGGAAAUCCUUAUGUCCAAAAUGGAUGUACAGAUAUUGAUGAAUGCUCUAUACCAAACUAUUGUAAUGGGACAUGUUAUAACUUUAAAGGAAGCUAUAGUUGUUGUCCUCAUGGUAUGUCUUAUGAUCGAGUAAGAAGGCAGUGCACUUCCAAUAAGAGGCAAAAUAUUGUUUUGGGACUUGCCAUUGGGAUUAGCAGUGGUUUUGGAGUUCUAGCUCUUACAUUAAUUGCAGCUAUAUUAUUCAAAAGGUGGAAGAGAAGCACUCGGAAGAAAAUUCGAAGGGCAUACUUCCGAAAAAACAAAGGCCUUCUCUUGGAGCAGCUGAUCUCAUCCAGUAACAAUGUUACUCCUAACACAAGAAUAUUUUCUUUGGAAGAUUUAGAGAAAGCAACCAACAACUUUGACCCAACACGUAUCCUUGGAUAUGGAGGCCAUGGUACUGUUUACAAGGGGAUUUUAUCCGAUCAACGAGUGGUUGCCAUAAAGAGGUCCAAAAUUGUGGAGCAGAGUGAGAUUGACCAAUUUGUUAAUGAGGUUGCCAUCCUUUCCCAGAUUAUUCAUCGUAAUGUGGUGAAACUUUUUGGUUGUUGCCUUGAAUCUGAGGUGCCUCUUCUAGUGUAUGAAUUCAUUUCUAAUGGCACACUUCAUGGUCUUCUUCAUGGUGAUCUGAGCACCAAUUGUUUGUUGACAUGGGAUGAUCGAAUGAGGAUUGCUCUAGAGGCUGCAGGGGCACUUGCUUAUCUCCAUUCCUCUGCUGCAAUGCCAAUCUUCCAUAGAGAUGUGAAAUCAACUAAUAUACUCUUGGAUGGUACCUUCACUACUAAGGUUUCAGAUUUCGGUGCUUCUAGGUCCAUUUCCAUUGAUCAAACUCGCGUAGUUACAAUAGUACAGGGGACAUUUGGGUACUUAGAUCCAGAAUAUUUCUAUACAAGCCAAUUAACCGAGAAGAGUGAUGUUUAUAGUUUCGGUGUGAUACUUGUUGAACUCCUAACAAGGAAGAAGCCAAUUUUUCUCAACUGUCUUGGUGAACAGAAAAAUUUGUGCCACUGUUUUCUUCAAAGCCUAAGAGAUAAAACAACAAUGGAUAUACUGGAUUCUCAAGUUGUAGAGGAAGCUAGCCAUAGAGAGAUUGAUGAAAUGGCCUCAGUUGCAGAGAUGUGCUUAAAGACUAAAGGAGCAAAGAGACCUAAAAUGAAAGAAGUGGAGAUAAGACUGCAACUCCUAAGAGCUGCAAGAUCAAGGGCAUACAAGGAAGACUUACAAAGGAGCAGCGAAAUAAAGCCGUUAUUAACUCCGAAGUACAAAUGUACUUCCCUGAACAGCACCAAGAAUGUUGAAAUGGGCCUUGUUGCUAAUCCAGAAUCUCAGGUUGUCUCUAGGUGCUAUACCAUGGAGAGAGAGAUGAUGUACUCUUCACAGUUUCCUCGCUGAUUGUAUUUGUUUCGACCCUUGUAAUGAUUUAUUUAUUUUUCGCUUAUUUUUGUAGACUGUACAAAAUGAAUGGCACAGACCAAUCGAUUUCUCUGUAUGCAGCAGCUCUAUCUAUUUUUGUGGAGUGGUUAGUUGCAACAGCUCUA